AUGGCAACAGUAAUCAACGACUGUUUGUUUUCGUGAGCUUGGUGGUGCGGUUCGAAAGGUAUACCAAAGCGUCGUUUAUUACACUUUCUCUGUCUGAAUUUUAACUAUAAAUCCUUCAAAAUGAUGAAUACAAAUAUGCCGAAUUCCACCACGUGGAAUAUACGUCGCCGUAGGGACUUCGCUCAGCUACAAGCUGGAACACAAGUCCCAGGUUACAAUGGCUACAUUGAACAGUACAAAUACCACGUUGGAGACACGUAUGGGAAUGCGACAAGCAAACUAGCUAAGACUUACAAAAAUCACCAUGCAUUACCAGAAAAAUGGCCCAUAGACUUCAAACCCGAGCAUCGCCAUGGUGGUUUAGGCCUUGGAGGACCGGAUGAUCUUCCUAGAGAGACCGCACCCCUUAUACUUCCAAGGUCAACAGGAGACAAUAAGCUCACUGAGAAGAUGGUUCCUGGUUAUAUGGGUUAUAUUCCAAGAAUGCCAUUCAAGUUUGGCAAUACAUACAAGGAAGAUUGUGACAUUUGUAUCGACGACUUCCUAAGAAACACAAAAAACCAUGACCAGAAAUUAAGAACAAUAAAAAAGUCGGUAUCUUUCGCUCCCAAGCUACAACCAGUCACAACGGAAAACACUGUUAUCAGAACGCUGACUCAGUACAGGGACAGAAACCCCACAGGAAAGAUUCUUCUAGAGGACAAACGUGGUUCCACAGAAUCUCCGAUGCCAGGUUACUGUGGUUUUAUUCCUCGAAAAGGUGUCACAGAGUUGGGUCUUGGCGCUGGUUACCAUAACGCCUGCGAUAAAUCUCUCCGAAACUUUUACGAUUCCACAUAUUCACAUCGGACAAAGAUUAAUAGGCAGCUCCAGCCAAAUGUAAUGUUAUCCGAUGGUGAAGCGAAGGCAAGUCUUCAGCUCACCAGAGAAGACAGACAAGCCAUAAACCAAAGGAGAAUUUAUAAACCCAUUGGAAUGGUUCCUAAAUACACAGGAUAUUUACCCCAAAUGCGCUAUCAGUUCGGCAACACCUAUGGGGACACGUCACGCUCACUUCCAGUCUGUGCCCAUGAACAGGUAAACUAUGGCAGAUACCUCCAAACUCAGUCAGUAUAAAGAUGAUAGCCCUUGGGGAGGAAGCCUGGCACGGCACUGGCGGCCAAUUCAAUUGUUGAGAUUACAACAACAAAUUUUAAGAUGGGUAAUUUCAAUGACGAUCUUGUCAAACUGCCACCAACAGUCGGCAGACUGGCGUAGCAGUCGGCAUGCACUUACUGAGCAAGGACAAAUUUGUUGGCGGCUGAUGCGGCGUGCGUCAGGCUCAAGAUGAUAACACUCAAGGGUGGGGGGGGGGUGUGGCUUAGCUAAUCCAACACUUUUGGAAAACCAAAACUUAUUGACCACAUUUUGGUACAGAAAUUUAGUCUUAGUUGGUUAAGGUGGGAAUUUAUCUUGUGUAUGGAAAUACUGGUGAAUGGAAAUACUAUAUUAUGAAUUAUGGUUUUUUGAUGAAAAUCUAUUAUACCUAUUGGGAUACGAACCCAAGUCUCUGUGAAAAUUUGGUUGCUCUACCAACUGAGGUAUUUAGGUUAAGCUAGUAUAUUCUCUUUCGACUUUCCUAUUUAUUAAGACUAUUUGUUUCCUCAUGCUAUUUUGUAAGAUGCAAUUAAUUAUGAGUAUUAGUUAUGGUUAUAGGGUGGAGUAAAUAAUCAUAUAGGAAUUGAAUGUACUGAAACAUUAGCGUAUAUGGGGAUUAUACGGCAUAUGAUGGCCAGUGUGGAUUAGGACUUUUAAAAAUGAAUUAGGAAAUGGGGCAGGACCAUGAUUUUUAAAGAAAAUGGAAAGAAAUUGUUCAGUCAAAUAAGGGGCUACUAUCAGGAGAGGAUACAUUUUUUGCCAGAGGAUGUGAACUGCCAAUUGAGAACUUAAUAGUCUGAGGAGGUGGUUUGGGAGGGAAUUUAAAGCUUAAUUUACUGCUGCCAUAAGGGAGUGGUUAGGUGGGAUUGUUUCACCAUGUCUUGGAUUUGCCUCAGACAGUACCUCUUACUUAAUUCACCAUUGGGGGAGAGAUUGCAAAGAGUAAAGAACUGAACUGAAACAUUUUGGGACUUACUAAAUGUUACGAAAAUUAAAAUAAAUUUACACACAUUAGAUUUUGUUGUAAUCUCAUUCCAUAAUGCAUUUUGAAUUUGAAAUUUACCCAGCAAUAAAGACUGUAGGUCCUAUGCAUUGCUAGUUUGUAACUUUGGUAAGGUAAAGACAGUUAUCCAUAUUUUAAUAUUUUACUUGUUGAAUUCAAAUAUGCCAUUGAAAAGCAUAUUAAUAAUAUACUGAUACAUUCCAUGAUAAAUGUAGCAAAAUUCUAUAGUGAGUGACACUCCAUGUUAGUAUAAAGUCGUUAAACUCUUGCUUAUAAUUUAUAGUACAGUAAUAAUAUUUAAUUACAGUAUUCUCAUUGCGUGCUACCCUAUAUGAUAUGCUGUUUCUCCAAGAGUUAAUCUUUGGUUAGACGGCAUAUAGCCUCUUUUUUAGAACCCUGAGGUGAUGUUUAUCGUAGCAGGCGUCAAUAAAAAUGUAUUUCCACAAUAUAGGAGGCCCUCUAUAGUUCAUAUAAUAUGUUGGUAACUUUGGACACAUAUCUGUUCUUUGAAAUAGCAAAUGUCAAUGUGUCUGGAUCUUUGCUUAAAGUUUUUUUUAUUUAAAAAUAUGAAUAAUUUGAGCUUGGCAUGGAGGUCAAAAUGCUCUCCUUCAAAUCCUGUGAACACCAAGAUUUUUUUCAACAAUCAGAAUAAAUCGCUGUUCACACUAUGACAUUUUGUGACAUAUACCUGAUUUGGGUUUGAUCUGACAUCUUGCUCAUAUAUAGCACAUUACAGUUACAUCCUGUAUUGGCAUGUUUACUUGCAGAAAAAAAUAUAUAUAUAAAAGAUAAAAAGAAUUUCAUCUGGUCCUAUAUAGAUAUGCUAUUAUUUUGGUCUAAUUUAAAGAAAUUUACAUCAAUAUAUAAAAAUGAUACUUCCAUAGAGUGUCACUUAAGUUACAUAGAAUCUUGAGGCUACUGCUGUGUAAUUGUUAUAUCAUUUAGUGUGUAUGCAACAUUUUUUACUUGACCUUUGACAAACACAAAAGU